UCGUCCAGCUGAUCUGGGCACUGAAUGAACUCAACUUUACUUUAUUCAGAGGAAACAUUGACACUGAGGUGCCACUAGCAACUUUUAAGCUGUCACAGACCCACUGAUCCCUUGUGGACUAUCUAUGAAGCAUACGUGCUCUCAAAUUUCUAAAAACUUCUUAAGUUUGAAGAGGAGUUUUUUGAAGAAGAAUGCCGCCUGCUGUCGGUGGUCCACAAGGCUACACACCACCUGAAGGUGGCUGGGGAUGGGUGGUAGUGAUUGGGGCCUUCAUCUCUAUUGGCUUCUCCUAUGCAUUUCCCAAGUCCAUCACUGUCUUCUUCAAAGAGAUUGAGGUAAUCUUCAAUGUGACGAGUAGCCAGGUGUCCUGGAUCUCCUCCAUCAUGUUAGCAGUCACCUAUGGCGGAGGUCCAAUCAGCAGCAUCCUGGUUAACAAAUAUGGGAGUCGUCCUGUUAUGAUGAUAGGAGGAUGCCUGUCAGGACUGGGCCUUAUUGCUGCUUCUUUCUGUGAAUCUGUUCAAGCACUCUACUUUUGCAUUGGUGUGCUGGGAGGUCUGGGAUUGUCUUUCAACCUUAACCCUGCCCUCACAAUGAUUGGAAGGUACUUCUACAACAAGCGACCUAUUGCUAAUGGUCUUGCCAUGGCUGGUAGUCCUGUUUUCCUUUCUACCCUGGCUCCUCUUAACACCUGGCUCUUUGACCAGUUUGGCUGGAGAGGAAGUUUUCUGAUCCUUGGUGGUCUGCUUUUCAAUUGCUGUGUUGCGGGUUCCCUCAUGCGACCUAUUGGACCAAAACCCAAACCUGCAGAGAAGACCGCAGAGAGGAAGACUGUGUUGCAGACCAUUAACAGCUUUAUCGACCUCACUUUGUUCAAGCACCGUGGCUUUUUGCUCUACAUAGUGGGAAAUAUUGUCAUGUUUUUUGGCCUAUUUGCACCACUGGUGUUCCUCUCUAAUUAUGCCAAGAGUAAAGACAUCCCCAGAGAGAAGGCAGCUUUUUUACUGUCUGUGCUUGCCUUUGUUGACAUGUUUGCCCGACCCUCGAUGGGCAUGGUGGCCAACACCAAGUGGGUUCGCCCAAGGAUACAGUACUUCUUUGCUGCUUCAGCACUGUACAACGGCGUGUGUCAUGUCUUAGCUCCAUUAUCAGAAAGCUAUACAGGUUUUAUAAUUUAUGCCAUCUUUUUUGGGUUUGCUUUUGGCUGGCUGAGUGCAGUGCUGUUUGAGACCUUGAUGGACCUAGUCGGAGCUCAGCGUUUCUCCAGUGCUGUUGGGCUAGUCACGAUUGUGGAGUGUGGUCCUGUACUGUUAGGUCCUCCAUUACUUGGGAAAUUCAAAGACAUCUAUCAUGAUUACAAGUACACCUACCAGGGCUGUGGAAUCGUCCUUAUACUCUCCAGUGUCUUCCUGUUUGCAGGAAUGGGACUCAACUAUCGACUGCUGGACAAGGAGAGAAAGCAGGAAGAGAGGAGGGGCGGGGUGGGAGUUCGAGAACAAAAGUCCAACAGGGACAAUGCUGCCAAAGAGGUGGCAGAAGCUAGGAGCACAGAGGACACUGUCUAAUGUCCUGUAUUAUGUGAACUUUCAAUUUGGGUUAAUGGUUAAUAAAAAAAAGGAGAAAAAAAAAGGCAGUUAUUCAUAAAAAGAAGAUGCUUCUUCAGCAGACCACAAUAACACUCAUUCCUCAUCAGCCUCACUUAUUAAAACCUUUUAAAUACUAAUACACAAUCCUCACAAAAUAUACCUCUUAUAUUUGUACUUAGACUUUGUAAAUGUGUUAAGUAGACAAGUUAAGUCACUUCUGGCUUUUUGGUAAUAUCACUAUAACUUUUGUGUAACUUUACUGCAUUACAUAUUCUUUAGUAUGUUAACCUUCUGAAAUGUACCAUCACAUAAUGAACUUUGUUUUGUUUUUGUUUGAUUGUUGUUACCAGUAGAGAGCUUUGUUUUUAAGAGACACUUUCUCAUUUAUCAAGUUGCUUGCCACAAUUAUACAGACAAUAUCAUCUUUCCAAGAACUUCAUUGCACAGUGCAGUUUUUAAGGUUUGAAUAUGUUUUGCUUGCUCAUUGUUGAAAAUAAAUACAAUGGAUUUUGUAAUUAUAAAAUAAU